CAGACUAGUAUUAAUGCGACGCUUCCAAUGAACCUGAAGAUUCGUAGAGCAAACCAUACAUCUCACACUUCGCAAUCUUACAAAUAAUCAACAACACUCUUGAUUUCAAGAAGCCUCAAACCCAGAACGCCACCACCAUGUCUGAACAAGGCCCCGGAAGAGACCAGCUCAACGACAUUGCCCAGCGGGCUGAGCGUGACCUGAACACAUACCAGUCCAAGACGGGCACAGGCAAGGGGCGGGCCUCGGGCCUCGAGGACUUUGGCGUCAACGCCACCAUAGACCAGAAGUUCCCCGGCUCCACCGUCAAGGUCGGCGAGAACAACAUCACGAACCGAAGCUACAACCGCCGCAUCCCCGCCGACGAGGGUGGCGACGUCGAUGAAACCGGCCGCCCGGGAAAGAUUGACGAGGCCACGGUCAAGGGUUGGGGCAAGGACCCACGCCAGCUGGAGCGGGAGAUGGUGGACCCCAGCAGGCCGGACCUGCUGCCCUUGGAUGAGGCCGUCGGCGGCCGUCGUCGGGAGCCCGCGAGGCAAGGUGACGUCUCGGAGCAAGGCCGGCUGGCCGCCAAGUCGAACGUCGGUCUUGAAGCGACUAGCCGAGAGGAGGUGCCCUCGCAGGGAAGCCGGGGCAGCCAGUUCAAGGGGGAAUACUAUGAGGCGCCCGAGUCGGUGCCGGAUCAGCGGUCGGACCAGAAUGAGGUGCCGCCCGAGUCGGUGACGGGGCGUUCUCGGAAUAUCUGA